GUCUGUCAUCCACGAUCGUCACUUUCUGAAUCGAAGAAAAAACAUAAACAAAUGAAAUCACGAAGCAGCUUCUUUAGUGCGUGCAAAACCCAGUUGGAAUGGAAGAAUCGGCCGCUAGCUCGACCCAAUCACAUCCCGUGCGCGUGGACAUUGAAUAUUGCACCGUAUGCAACUCGAAGCCCCAGUGUGUGGAGCUUAGACGCCUGAUCGAGGAGCGCGUGCCGGGCGCGCAGGUCACGUGCAAAACCGGUCGCCGGGGCACCUUCGAGGUGCAGAUCAACGAAACGCUAGUCCACUCCAAGCUCGGCUCGAUGGCGUUCCCCGACUACGAGGCCGUCGUGGAGAACGUGCAGGCUGCCGCGGCGGGCAAACCCGUCAACAAGGUCAAAGAGCAACCUAUCACCGACUGCGUCAUCCAAUGCCACCCGCGCAACAACAGCAAAAAGUACCCAACGCUAACGGUGCGGUUCAACUUCAAAACGCAGGUGCACGUGAUGCGGGUGUGGGACUACGCGUACCGGCAGGCCCGCAAGAGCGAGUGGGAAAUAGCGGCGCGCGACCGGGCCUGGUUCAAGCGCCGGAUAGAGAACACGGAGCCGGUGCUGGGGCCCAUCUUCGAUCGGGACUUGCGCGAGCGCGUUUACCGGGAGCGGUUCGCCGGAUAGUGCGAGGGGUAACAUUUGGUUUGGGCGCGCGCUUAUUUAUUUUUUGCUAAAGGCUGACGACUGUGAAAAUUGUGUGUUAAUGAAUUGAAGCAAGGAGGUUCCAAGCGCGAACCGAUCACAUGUUACCCCGGCGGUGUUUAGAUAAUAAAUGAAAAGGAUUUUUUUUUAUUGUUAGUUAGGUUCCAAUUUAGAAUAACCAAAUGUUUGUCCAUAAACUGCUAUGUUAAAUAAGGAGGGAAACGUUGGGACAUUCGAUUUCUUUGGACGACAUUAGAUAUUGAUAAGCAGAUGAUUACCUAGCCAUUUCUCGAUGCUUGCAAGAAAACUAAAGUUAUUUUUUAUGAUUCCAACAGAAGUGUUCUAUAAUUGAGAAAAUGUUUCAAAACUGACUCCUCCAACCAAAUGAAGUGUAAAUAAUGCAAUAUAUUGAAAUGUAUAUACGAAAUUAUAAAUUAAACAACAAAUAAAAGAAUAGUUGAUUUUUCCAA